AGUGAAUUUUAAAAGAAUUAAGAAGUCAGAGAACCAAGCCGAAAAACAUUUUUGUAACAAGAAGAAAUUCAAGUAAAAGUUUUAAUUAAAAUUCCACAACAAAGUUCAAAUUGCAAGUUCAACAAGAUGAUAUGUAUCAACAUUCAAUAUUUUUCAUUAUAAAAAGCUUUGUUGCUCUAUUAGAGCUUGAGAAAUAUGCAAACAAAAGAAUUUCACUUCUUGCUGAUGAAACUGUAUUAAUUACCAUUUGAAGAAAGAAAAAAUUGUUAAUUUUUAUAACCAUGAGCCAAGUCAAAACAGUUGUUAGAAUCAUUAUCGUAUCAAUGUUCUUCUUUGCUGUUAUAAAAGGGCAAAGAGUUAACAGAAGGCAAUUAUUCAAAUUCCAAAGUCAAGAAGGACAAUUGGAACAGCCAUCUCAAGAAGAUUUUGAAAAUCGAUUGCUUUCUCAGAACAUGGAUACAGAAUCCCAAGAUCAAAAAACCUCUACCCCGAUAAAUCUCGCGAUAUUAGACAGCAUUUUCAAUAUUCCUAUUCAGGCAGUUAAAACAGUGAAUGAAUUAGUGCGGACGCUGGUUAAUUUUCGGGCACGCUUAAAUCCGAACCUCAAAUCAAAUGCUGACAUAGUUGAAGAAGCGAACGACGAAGGACCAAUUACAAACCUAUGAUGCUGAAUUUACUUUUAAAUGAAGCGUCUAAUUUAAUGUCAUGCUUUCUCAUGUGUAAUCACGAGUAAAUUUUCAAUCGAAUAAUAAGUUAAGUUGAUGAAGUUUCGUGUAUUCUAAGUAAAUGCCAGCAAUAAAUUUUAUGUUUGAUAGCACAUAAAUUGAAAAGUUUUAAAAUAUUUAAUCAAGAUUUUUCUGAUCCAUUCAAUAGCAACGUUACUGACACCUGAGAUGAUUCGUGGUCAUAAAUUUCCUACCAUUUCCAGCUAUAGUAUAGUUUUGUUCAUUCACCUUUUCAUCUCAUACAGCACAAUAUUAGAGUUCAAAUAAUUUCAGGUUGAGUUGCCUUACUGCCACAAUGGG